AUGGCAUGGUUUAUUGUACUUCUGCUAUGUCUUGGGAAAUUAAGAGCCCAAUUCCUGGAGAUGAGGGAUAAAACACAAGUGGAAGGCGAACUGUUGAACUUUCUUUUAAGACUCAAACUCGAAGAAUCCUACAACACAGUGCUUGUCUACGGAAAGGAUUGUAUUUUUCAUUCCCUCGCAAGGAGACUGGAAGUUGCCAUUGUUCUGGUAUCUUCUGGUGGCACGGACUUCGACUGGGACUUCAGCACCCUGGCCCUGGUGCUCUCUUGUGGAUUGGAUGCCGAGAAGGAGGAAAACUAUCGCACUCUGAUGAAGCUGCAAAGCAACAAACGUUUGAUUUACACCGAGGAGGUCAUUCAGCCAGAGUCAGUGUGCAGGAGCUAUGCCAUCAAGGAUCAGUAUAACGUAGCCAUUAUUAGUGUUAAUCCCAAUAACUCAAUUGUUUUAAAAGCCUGUCGCUGGUUUAAAGACCCCAACUACGAGGAGAUUGAUCUCUACAGCAACAAACAGGUUUUCAUAAAUCAGUUUCGAAACAUGCAUGGGGCUCCGAUCCGAAGUCUGCCGGAUAAAUUGGCGCCCCGUUCUAUGACCUAUCGCGAUCCAAAAACGAAUGAGACCAAAGCUAUUGGCUACGUGGCCAAUUUGGUAAACAACUUUGUACAAAAAGUUAACGCCACCUUGGUAAUGGACUUAGAUGAUGUAAGUGAAACCAUAUUUUAUGGCAACAUAUCGAAAUGGACCCAGGAAGACCGACUGGACGUUGGUAUGUCACUCGAACCCACCUGGCGGAAGAUCAACCUUGAUACAUUCACCUACCCGUAUGUGGGAUGCACUUACUGCUUCAUGGUACCGCUACCACAGAGUUUGCCAUACAAUCAGAUCUAUUCGGAGAUAAUUGACUCACAUGUCCUGGGCGUGAUGCUGCUCCUGUUCUGCAUCUUCUCGCUGCUGCUGAUCUACAGUCAAAAGAAGUCCUGGCGGGGACUGAACCUUGCCAACCUUCUGCUAAACGACAAAUGCCUCCGAGGAUUUCUGGGUCAACCGUAUCCCUUUCCAUUGAACUCCAACCGGCAACUAAAGCUGAUCAUCUUUUUGUUAUGCUUUGCCAGCCUUAUCACCACCACCAUGUACCAGGCAUAUCUGCAGUCCUUCUUGACGACUCCUCCGCCAGAGCCCAUGUUGCGAUCAUUUUUGGACGUGGAUAACUCCCGAUAUAAAAUCGCCUUGAGCCAGGUGGAGUGGGAUAUGGUCCAUAAGACGGAGGGCCACAUGAUGCAUAUAAUACACAAGGAUCGGCUGAAAGUGUUCGAUGAAUUCAAUCAGUUUGUUACAUUGCGAGAGUCCUUCAAUAUCAACUACAUUUUCCCUGUUUCGGAUAUCCGCUGGGAAACCUACCGCGAGCAGCAGAAGCUCUUUGCCCGACCCAUAUUCUACUACUCGGAUGACUUCUGCCUUACCAGGCUCACCUUCUUGACCUUACCCAUACGAAGAUAUCUGCCCUAUCGGGACCUCUUAGAGGCGCACAUUCUGAGCCAAAAGGAGUUCGGCCUGCUAAGACACUGGAUUGAUAAUAGCUUCUACGAUAUGGUUAAGCUGGGUCUUACACCCCUCGAGGACCUGAGCCUUCCGGAAGAUGACGGCGACGCCAUCGACCUGGACGAUCUCUCAUGGAUAUUCGCCCUAUAUUUCAUAGGUUUGGCUCUUGGCUGCAUCGGCUUUGUGAUGGAGCACACAUGGAGGCGUUACAGGAUGUUCAGUGGAACAUAAAAGCUUUUAUAAUAUUUCAGAUUACGGCACA